GGGCGAAGGGCGUACCAAAGGACGGAUACUUUGCCGUCAAAGAAACGACGGCGGAUAGAUUCCACUACUCUGUUCUCUUGUAGCAGUAGCACUAGUCCUCCACUCCCCCCGUCCCUUCACCUGAUUGCCUCCACCGCCGCCCCGCUCAAGCCCCGAAACUCACCGCCCGCCCUCCCCGCGUACAGCCACCUCAGCCCAGCCGCGCCAUCUCCGGCCGCCGGACUAAGACACCGCCGCCCACCUUCCAGUGGCGCCCACUGCCCGCCGGCCGCGUCGCCUGAGGAUUCCACUCAUCAGAUGAAUGCUCUUGAGCCAGCUCUAGUAUCUAUUAUAACGAGGAGACGAUCAAUUUGUUCGACCUAAGCACAAGGACUUCUAGAGCAAAUUCAGUUAUGGGACAAACUCAUAGAGAUGUUCAAAGUUUCAAGUCAGAAUUGAAGAGAACUAUUGAUUCGGAUAAAGUUCAUGUGGAGGAAAGAGAUGCACCUGGUGGUAGUUUUUCAAGCACAAAAUCAAGUACGACUUCAUUAAAAAUGCUAUUAGCAAAAGAGACGAGUAAAGAAGUGGAGUCGAAGAGCAACGCACCAAGUGUCGUUGCAAGAUUAAUGGGCCUUGAGGAUGAUUUUCCUGCCAAAGAACUAGUUUUAUACCAUGCUAAGAGAGAUUUUAGGGAAAGUCAAUCAUGUGACCACUUAACAGUGACAAAGAAGGCCUUGCAGCAGCAGCAGCAUCAGAAUUCCAUACAGUCCGUUACACAAGUUAUCCAUACAUCCUGUGAAACAAUUGAAUAUGAUGGUGUAUAUGAAGGAUGUGAAGAGAAAGCCACAAUGAAUUUGUUUCAGGAUCAAUCUUCACAGGAAGGAAGACAUUCUGAGAGCAAGAGUGGUAGAAUGGAUACUGUCCCAGAGAAGUUCAGGCAAGGAAAAAGCCUUGCCAUGGAAGAAAAGCUCCUUCAUUCUGGGGAGUUAGAAGAAUCUCUCCAUGUUCUUAGUUCAGAGAAAGAUUUUUUUCUGAAAUGUCAUGAAGAACCUGACCCCAUUUUGCCAAGAUGGAUGAGCGGGCUUCACCGGACUCCGGGAUCACCUCCGACAAGACGCAUUACGGUGCUGAAACCGAUGAGAUCUGUUCAGUAUAAUGGUGUAAGACAAUCAAGAACAGACCGGGCUAUUGAGCCAAAUGGACUGGGGCUCAGAAAGUUUCAUCAGAGGUCUAGUUCAAAAGAAGGAACCCCUUCGCAGCCAAGUAGUAGAAUAGUACUCUUGAGGCCUACCCCAGGGAAGCCAAGUAUACCGAAUGCAAAGCUGACGCACAAGGCAGCUCCAUUUCGGCUAAUUGACCGGAACAGUUUCAACAGAGUAUUACUUGAUAAUGCGGCAACCCCAGCUUCCACAGAAGUAGUGAAUGAUAUCAUUCGGCACCGCCAAUAUGACUCUCGUCAACGAGAUGAUUCUUUGUUAUCUUCAACGCACUCAAACGGAUAUGGUGGUGAUGAAAGCUCGUUCAGUGAUUCAGAGGUUGAUCGCAGUGGAGAUUCUGAGGUUGAUUAUAUCGAAGAUGGUGGCAGCUUCAGUGACUCGGAGGAAGGUAGUCCUGCAUCAAAGUAUUCAUGGGAUUACACCAGAAGAUAUGGAAGUCCCUACUCCGGCUCAUCUUUUGGCAGGAUCCCACAUUUACCUGAGUCAAUGGUUACUAAGGAGGCUAAGCAACGGCUUUCGCAGCGAUGGGCAAUGGUAACCUGUGAUGAGAUCAGUGAAGAGCAAGCACAGCCGCCAAGGAGCACAUGUACCUUGGGUGAGAUGCUCUCCCUCAAUGAAGUGACGAAAGAAGAUUUCACUAGUCGCCAAAAGGAUGAUAAAACUGGCGAGAGGUCAAGUAAGUUGCCAAGGUCAAAGUCUUUGCCAUUGAUUUCAGAUACAUUUGAUAACAUGGUGUCAAAAGUUCAAGCUUCAAAUCAUGAGAGCUGCAAACCAGCGACAGAGGUUUUAAUGUCCAAUAAAGGAAAAUUAUCUUUCACGGGAAGAAUUUCUGAUUUUCUGUUUCCUAAAAGAAAGCCAAUAAGGCAGAAAACCAACCAUCAUCCAUCGGAUUGCUUUGAUGGGAGGGUUGAAGCUUGUCCUGGUGAUAGUCAAUCACAUGCCAAUCAUAGUUUAGAAACUAAUGAAGAACAGGCACUCCAUGAAGAGAAAAUUGACAUUUCUGCCAUGCAAAACUCUACCAGCACUUCAGAGGGAUCUGCUUCAGUUGAUGCGCCUAUAUCGUUGAUCUGUCGAAGCAGAAGACUGGAUAGGCCAGGAUUAAAUGAAGGCCUAAACAGCACUCGCGAUCAGCCCAGUCCGACCUCAGUUCUUGAUGCACCCUCUGAAGAUAGCAGCUGUAAUGAACCUGAAUCAUCUGGAAGCACUACUUCCAAGAAUGCAAAAGCUGUGUCAAGAUCCUCAGCAAUCGAGGCUGUUGCGUGUUCAUUAUCAUGGGAUGAUACCACCUCAGAGUCACCAUCACUCCGACGGCCUUACCUUCCCUCCGACAUUGACGAUGAUGAAUCAGAAUGUCAUGUCCUUGUGCAAAACAUUAUGUCAUCUUCCAGGUUAGAAGAUGCACAGUCAAGCAUGGUCUUUGCUGGCUGGCAUUUACCCGACUGUCCUCUUGACCCAGUCCUGUGUAACAAACUCCUGGAGCUACGGGAGCAAAGGUCGUACAAAAGACUUCUAUUUGACUGUGUCAAUGUUGCUCUCAUCGAGAUCGGUGAGAACGCCCUGCUAAGCGCAUUCCCAUGGAGCAAAGCGUGCACCGGAACAUGGAGGGACAGCUCAUCCCCUGCUCUGGGGGUAGAGGUGUGGAGCAUUCUGAAAGACUGGAUUUACGGAGCGCGGAUGUUCAUGGUGAGCAAGAGGGAUAACACGGGGAUCAUGAUGGAUAGAAUCGUGAAGCAGGAGGUCGAAGGUGGUGGCUGGGUGAAAAUGAGGAUGUCGCAGGUGGUUGACAUCAUGGAGCAGAUCGAGAAGGGAGUUCUGGAGGAGCUGGUGGCGGAGUCUGUACUGGAUUUCACUACUUGAUGAUUUCAACAGCGAGGUAUAUCUUUUAAGAGCUGCUCAUGGAAUUGUUGUAUGCGGAUAUGAUUCACCUGACUUGUGCCAUGAGUCCGUAGCUGAUUAGAAAGAUUGUAGUGUUCGAAAGUUUUGUAGCAUUUUGUUUGAGCAAAUCAUGGUAAUUGUGCAGUUCACAGAAUUGAGCCAAGCUUGCCUUACUGAUAUACAUUUCUUUGGCUGUGUGCAUCCUAACUAUGCAGAGGCCGGGCGUGUAUUCACUGUGUUUGUAUCCUCUUGAUGCUUCAUUCUGAGCCAAUAAAAUUCACCCUUUGUCAAAAAAA